UAGAAUCAGUCCAUAUUAAAGAGGAGAGUCCUGUACUAGAAUCAGUCCAUGUUAAAGAGGAGAGUCCUGUACUAGAAUCAGUCCAUGUUAAAGAGGAGAGUCCUGCACUAGAAUCAGCCCAUGUUAAAGAGGAGGCUCAUCAUUCUAACUGUCAUGAAUGCGGGGCAGAUUUCAGACACCACAGCACCGUGAAACACCACCUGCGAGUUCUGAAGGUACAGCUGGGUUAUCCUUGUGAAAGGCAGGAUUCAGAGAUGGAGCCUGUCCACAUUAAAGAGGAGCUUCCUGAACUAGACCCUGUCCAUGUUGAAGAGGAGGGUAACCAUUUUAAAACAAGCAGCUUGCAGGGCUCUCUGUCCUGUACAGAAUGUGGAAAGUGUUUCAGUCAGUUGCAAGACCUGAUACUUCACCAGCUAAUCUACAGUGGAGAGAAACCACAUGUCUGGGCUGACUGUGGGAAGAGUUUCAGUCAGUUACAAAACCUGAAAAUGCACCAACAAAUCCACACAGAAGAGAAGCCGCAUGUCUUUGCUGACCGUGGGAAGAGUUUCACUAAUUCAACCUAUUUGAAAACACACCAGCAAAUUCACACAGGAGAUAAACCUCAUGUCUGUGCUGAGUGUGGGAAGAGUUUUGCUAAGUCGAGCUAUUUGAAAACACACCAGCGAAUUCACACUGGAGAGAAGCCACAUGUCUGUGCUGACUGUGGGAAAAGUUUCAGUAAGUCAAGCUAUUUGAAAUCACACCAGCGAAUCCACACAGGAGAUAAACCGUAUCUGUGUAGUAAAUGUGGGAAAAGUUUCAAUCAGUUAUCAAAUCUUAAAACCCACGAGUUAAUUCACACAGGAGAGAAGCCACAUCACUGUGAUGACUGUGGGAAGAGUUUCAGACAGUCACAAAACCUGAAAUUUCACCAGCGACUCCAUACUGGAGAGAAACCACAUGUCUGUGCUGACUGUGGGAAGAGUUUCAGACAGUCGGGCGACAUGAAAACACACCAACAAAUCCACACUGGAGAGAAACCAUAUGUCUGUGCUGACUGUGGGAAGAGUUUCAGUAGAUUAGGACAUCUUAAAACCCACCAGUUAACCCACACUGGAGAGUAACAACAUGUCUGUGCUGACUGGGAUGAUUUUCAUGCAAUUAGGAGAUGUUAAAGACCAGCAGAGAAUUCACGCAGGAGAGAAACCAUGUGUCUAUGCUGACUGAGGGAAGAGUUUCAGUCUCUCUUGUAAAACGCUUUGUAAUGGUGGUCCACUAUGAAAGGUGCUAUAUAAAAAUAAAUAUUGAUUGAUUGAUCAGCCAGUAAAUAACUUUGAAAAACUACAAGUUAAUUCACACAGGAGAGAAUCCACAUCACUGUAAAAUGACUGUGGGAAGAGUUUCAGAUGGCUGUACAGCUUAAAAAGGCACCAGUUAAUUCACACAGCAGAUAAACCUCAUCACUGUUCUCACUGUGGGAAGUCUUUUAAUGCUUCCAGUUCUCUUAAAAGACACAAAUGCAAGUUGUGAAAGUUUAGGCAGAAUGUGAGUGUGUGUUCAUUCACCCGCAUUCAGAAAUUCCAGUCGUUUUAAACAGCAGCUUAAUAUAUAAACUGUGAGAUCUCUGGUGAAUGUCUACGGAUGAUACAGAUUCAUCGAUAUUAAACACAGUGCUCUGAAGCCGUUACAUUACAAAGUACAUUGUUAGUAUGCAAUCCAUUGAAUAUACAGACGCCUCGGAGCGUUGUGUGAUACGAGGUGAAGCCGAGUGCCUCCAACCCCUGAGAAGUCUGUAUAUUCAACGUAUACGCCGUGGGAGAAAUUCAUAGUUGUAAUUGAAUGGUUUUUUUCAAAUGACAUUUCAAAUCUUAAACUAUGAGGCUUAAGAUGUUCUGAAGAUUUAAAUUGGAUUUAGUUCAGAUUACCUGCCAGUCUGGUCUAAACAAAUAUAGCUGAUCCUUAUCUGUUAAGUAAGAAAGACUGUCUGAAAGCCAAUAUUCAACUUUCUUCCUAGAUAGGGUUAAGAAGUGCGACACCUGGUGGAUAGGCGGUGCCAUGACUUUCAACCCAUGAAAUGAAUUGUUAUCCUGAAACACAAGUGAAUGAAACUGACAUUUUUAUCCUUCUGUGAUCAAUAUAACUAGCGAGCAUAAAAUGAAGUUUUGUUCUAUACAUGUUUUGAAUCCUGUUCUCUCUCUCUCUCUCUCUCUCUCUCUCUCUCUCUCUCUCUCCAUGGAGGAGGGUCACUCCCUGUGUUAAUGACGCACAUUGCUUGUGUAAAAGGAAGCGUCAUUCAAACUUUGUAAGCCAAUGAAUGGACUGAUUGUGUAGAAAAAUCUACAUGCCAAGCAGAAGUAAAAACAUUGAACACAGAGCAACACACUGUGAGAUUAAAAAUACAAGCGAUUCUACUCUGAACAAUUGAAACCAGAUAAGACUUUCACUGCACGUCAGAACCAUUGAAACAUUGAUUGAGUUUAUCUACAAGUUCUGAAGCAACUCUAGAUUACAGCUUCAUACUAAAUGCAAUUGAAGCUGCUUCCCAACUGAACUUGUUGAAACAAAAAUGGCGUCUUCAUUCGAACCCACACAACAGGCGCUACUUCACCCCGUCACUGUGUGUAAUGUGCGUGAAUCCUGCGUGUGCGUGUACGGAAACGCACAGAAGACAGCGUGCUCAUGAAAAUAUGUGUUUCAGUGUUUUAUUCCUGCUAUUCUUAUAAUUCUGAUACCUUGAUUUCUAACUUCUGUAUUCUUAUUAGU